UAAAACUUAAGUCAAGUAACAGUACACAGAAGUAGUAAGACAUAUGUAACGUUUAGCCUUUAAGAGCGUAGUUCCUAGCUAGCAAGUGUCUGUGAUUUAUAGUAUCGUGUCGUUUUUGCUCGUGGUUUUGAUUCUCCAAAAACCUAUGCGAAAUUCUGCUAAAAUGCCACUUAAAAGAAAAGGACCUUUGCAAACAGUACAGAGAGACACGGAUGAUAUUAAAAAACAGGUUGACACUCUGAAGCGAGAAGUCCGACAGCUGAACGCGACGGCAGAUACCAAAAGAUUAACAGAGGCGUCUCAGAGAUGCACCCAGCUACAAAGAUCAGUUGAAGAAAUGAUGAAGACACUGAAGAAGCUAACCAAAGCUGAUGAACCAGCUCCCGUGGGAAAUUAUGACCAAAGAAAACUUGAUGAAGAAAACAGGCUAAAAAUGAUGCAGGAACUGCUGCAGUCUCUAGCAGUAACGCUGGCUGCAGCACAAAAGCAAAGUACAGGUAAAAAUACAGAGACAAGUUCUUCGGAGGUUGUGGAUGGAGGAGAUGAGAGUGAAGAGGAGGAAAGUGAGGAAGAGGAAGAGGAGGAGGAAGAGGAGGAUGAGGAUGAAGAUGAGGAUGAGGAUGAGGAUGAGGAAGAUGCAGUAAAGGAAGCGCCAGAGAUUUUUAUAGCCAUAAGUGCUUUCAAAGGUGAACAAAAAGGAGACCUCACAGUACAGAAGGGAGAUUUGUUGUACGUUCUCAGUAAGAAUGCUGACGGCUGGUGGCUUGCUGAAGACUCAAAGGGAAACAAGGGCUUAGUACCCAAAACAUAUUUGAAGGUCCAUCAAGAGGAGGAAGAAGAUGGGGAAUCAGAGACUGGGGAGGAGAGUGAUGAAGAGCUGGACGAUGAGUCCAAAACCAAGCAAAGCCAGCAAAGUUCCAACUGGGAUGCUGUGAGAAAAGCAGUUUUAGAGGUCAAUGCGACUGAUGUUCUGGCUGCCAUGGGUGCCAUUCCAGCUGGGUUCAGGCCAUCUACUCUGUCCAGUCUGCUGAGUGAAGGGAAGACCUAUAGGAGUAGCCACUACCUUCAGCCAGAGCUGAGCCAAUCCCAGCUAGCUUUCAAAGACCUUUUGUGGGAUCCAGAUACAGGAAGUGUUCGGCCUCGAGUGUCCCGGACCUCCCUAACUUUGACACUGUGGAGCUGUAGGAUGAUUCCAACUCCAGGGGUUGGAGUGCAGGUCCUGAGCAGACAUGUCCGUCUUUGCGUGUUUGAUGGCACCAAGGUUCUGAGUAAUAUCCACACAGUUAGAGCAAGUUACAAUUCAAAGAACCUCAAGACCUGGACCUUCUCCCCAAGGACAGUCGCUAUCCUGCCCAGCCUGUUAGAUGGGGACUGCUUUGUAAGGAGCGACUCACAAUCUCCCGACGUGGGAAUCUUAUUCGAACUUGGGGUUACCUACAUUCGAAAUUCCACAGGUGAGCGGGGGGACCUGAGCUGUGGCUGGGCAUUCCUCCGGCUCUUCGACGCGAGCAGCGUGCCGGUCCCCCACAGAACCUAUGAACUAAUGGUACAUGGAGGCACGCCAUAUGAGAAAGGUGUGGACGUUGACCCCUCUAUAAGCAGAAGAGCCAUCGGCGGGGUGUUCCAGCAGAUGAUUGUUUCCAGGAAGCAGCCGAAGUUGAUAGUCAAACUAAAAUCGCCCAACGCAAAGACCAGGACAAAUCUGAAUCUCCUGCCAGAUACCUUGGUGGGCAGUACGUGCAGCAUACACCUGCUGGCGUUCUACAGACAGGUCCUGGCAGACGCUCUUCACAGGGACAGACCGACCAUGCAGAAUGCAGAUCUUAUCUGUAACCCGGUGCUGGCAACAUUCCCAGAGAUUCUCGACCAGACAGAUCUUUUAGAUGCUCUCAGGAGUGUAUGGGCGGAGAGAGAAAAUGCUCUGAAGAGGUCCGAGAAGCGGGACGGUGAGCUGCUGAAGGCCCUGUUUGUGGAGGUGUACCUGGACACCGUCUUCCCCCUCCUGUAUUCUGCCAGCCUGCCAGCCGCCAGGUGGGCAGACGAGGAGCUGGAGAACCAGCGCUGCAAGGCCAUCUUUGACUUGGCGCUGCAGGGCGCGAAGGCGGACGGCACGCUUUCCAUGCUCCUCUCUGCAAACAACGCCCAGGAGGCCUUCGACAUCUCCCAGGUCUCGUACGACUUCCUGGGCACGAGCAGAGUCAGCGCGACUACCGGCUGAACCACUUUUGCUUUGGGACUGAUUAUGA